GCCCUUGCUUGUGUCUGAAGAGCAGCUGUUGUCUUUAUCGUCAUCAUCAUCAUCAACUCCUGAGGAAUCAUAAUGAAAAUUACUCAGUUCCUUUUGCUGUGCAUCCUUGGAGCUACCUUGUUGUCUGCAGUUAACUGCAACAAUGCAAAUGGUCCCGACAACUGCUGUUUCAAGUUGUACCCGGGAAGAAUUAAAGCAAACCUCAUCAAGUCGUAUCAACUGACUGAUGACCGAUGCCCAAAGUCUGCCGUCAUACAUUCAAAACCACUGAACGGCUACCCUGAGGUACCCCUGCGCAAGGUACCGUCUCUUCACACUGCUCCCUGGGCACUGGAUUGGCUGCCCACUGCUUCAUGGGUUAAAUGCAGAGAGUAAUCUCCCUACGAGGAUAAAUAAAGUAUACAUUAUUCUUCUUCUUAUUAUUACAUAUUUACUGAGAGAAUUUUGAAGCUUAUUCAAAAUUCAGAUUUCUGAACUGAAAAUGUUGCAAACAAGGACAUAUUUUUGUUAAAUUUCCCAAUUUCAUAUUCAAUAUAACACUUUAAUACU